GAGUGUGACCGCGCCUUCACUCGAUCCGACGCGCUUGCCAAGCACAUGCGCACCGUGCACGAAACCGAAGCGCUCCGGCCUUCCGACCCCGUCCCCAAGAGCAUGCAAGCCGCGACGGGCAAGUCCAGAAACCUAAAGAUCAUCAUUAAAACCCCCCAAUCACAUUCCGCAGGUCAAGACGACGGGGGCGACGACGGCACUGGCGACGAUUCGUCCCAUUCCGGUAACGCCGACAUAUUCACGCCACUCACGGCCGAGCAGGGGUUCUCUACGGAUGAGACGCGCAUGUCUCUCGAGCGGCUCAUGCGGCUGUGUCGGUUGCAGGUCAAGUGGGCCGAGGACGAGGGCGAGCAGCUGCGUACUGAGUGUAAAGAGUGGGAAGCACUGUACAAGCGAGAGUGGCUUGAGAAAGAGGUCUUGCUAGAGCAAGUCGUGGAGAGCGAACAGGCAUGGCAGACGCGCCGCAACGCAGUGCUCGCGGGAGAAGCGGAUGUUGUUGUGUCAUCAUCGGGGAAUGACAAUGAGGUGCCGGCGGGUGCUACCGCUGAUACGACCGCCGCUGCGACACCGGCAGAUGCCAACGAUGUCGAUGUGAAGGAACCGAUGGAGAUUGAGGCUUAG